CUGAGAGUGGCCCCCUAGUGGGGCCAUGGAAAAGCAGGAAUCUCUGGGGACUGCUAGAGGCCUCGACGGAGAAUCUCCUGGAGGGCCAACCAGGGGAGUGCCCAGAGGCAUCGGAGGAGUCGAGGCAGGCGCCGGGCUGCCCUCCGGAGUAGCCAUAUUUCACGGUUCUGGGCCCCCCGUACACUCCGGGGGAACCGUAACUGGCAGUCCUGGUUCUAGCCAGCCCUCUGGAGGGACAGCAGUCCUCAGUUCCGGCCUCAACCGGCAUCCUGGGUCCGGUACACACCCUGGCGGGCUUAAUCCCCCCUUCCCUGGAACCAAUGUAUCCGGGACGUCCAACCUGGGGUCCGGGGGGCCUGGGUUGUACAACUCGGGAUACAUUCCGCACUCCGGGUCAACUUGCAUGCACCCCGACAAACCCUGUGAGGACCGGCCCCGGAGCAUACUAAAAAACAGCAGCUCCACCGUGGUGCACAAAUCCCCCAGGGCGGAGAGAAGGAAAAAGUCUCAGCGCUGGGAUGAAAUGAAUAUUCUGGCGACCUACCACCCUGCUGACAAGGACUAUGGAUUUAUGAAGGUGGAUGAGCCUCGCACUCCCUACCGCAGGCUGCAGGACAGCGAUGAAGACCUGCUCGCGGGAACCUCUCACACAAUGACUCCUGAGGAUCUAGCAGAGAGGUUUGCAACAAUGGACAAUUUCUGCCCCAAGGUCUUCCUGUACAGUGACAACAGAAGCUCAGGGUCUUCAGACAACUUUUCCAAGACACAAUCCAGUGAUUUUGAAAAGCGCCGCAAGGCACACUACAAUGAAGGAAAGUUCCUCAAGGCUCCGAAAAACCUGCCCUUGGAUAAUAACAAGAACAGCAGUGUGGGUAGUGUCAGUAUGAGCAGUGGCAGUCGAGGUGUGAUGCUGGCCUCAGAGCCCAGGCCUGUGGAGAGAGGAGGGGCAAGAGGACUGACCGGAGGAGUCAAAGAUGAGCUUGGCCUGGUGGCCAGGAACCACAUCCUAGAAGUCAAAGGCGGCCAUAUGACUCAGAUUGAUUUGGAUGACUUCUCAGCUUCCCCUGCCUUAAGAAAUCAGUCCCCAGCUUCAUCCACCACUGUCGUGUUGGAGAAGGAAACUGAUCUGCGACGCAAGGAGUAUUGCAGCAAAGGAAGAUACCUGAGGUGCUCUCCCCACCCUGAACUUGAGGAGGACACAGAAGAUGAGCAGCAGACCAGCUCCACAAGCUUGAAUUGGGUGACUGAGAAUCCCAUAAGCACUGAGGUCCGUCUGCUGGACCACACUGGAAGCCCCUCGCAGGAUUACAAGGCCACCGAGAGUUCCCUGAAGGUGACAGUGAUGUCAUCGGAGCCUGGGACUGCCCCGUCCUCCAAAGACAGUGGGUCCCGAGCAAUGUCUGGCUGGUGUCAGUGGCUGGUAUCCAAGGGGCUGAACUGGCAAAGCACCGAAGGCUCAGAGAGGGAACCUGGAAGCCACCCAGACUCCUCAAACAAAAACCAGCACAGAUAUGAAACCCUGCAGCUCCAGUGGACUCAGGAGGAGGAAGCCAGACAAUGGAAACUGUAGCCAGCUGGGGAUGGGGUGGGGGCCA